AUGACAACUUACCUUAACAAAACAAAGGAGUUACAAUCAGGCUUGGAAGAGUUCACAAUCAGCCAAGUCCCAAGAGGGAAAAACAGUCAUGCAAACGCGCUAGCCAACUUGGGGUCCUCCAUCCAAACAACCAGACCCAAAGCAAUACCAGUAGUCUAUGUCAAGUGGCCUGUUGUCUGGAAGAACAAAGAAGAGAAAGUCAGCAACAUCACCACUGAUCGGACAUGGAUGACUCCUAUAUUGGAGUACCUGGAGCAAGACAUACUGCCUGAAGACAAGAAUGAGGCGCGUCGAGUUAAGGCUCAGUCAGCGCGUUUCACUAUCAUACAAGGUAAGCUUUAUAAAUGA